AUGAGGGCACCUUGGAUCUGUAGCUUGUUCUUUGGCUUCUUUUUCAUCUUCUCAUCCAUUGCUGCUCAAGCUGAUUACAUUGGUACAGCAAAUUUAUCAACAAAAUGGACCAACGAUGAAUCUUCUCUCCCUAUCAUAAAUUUCUUUGAUGGCUCGAGGAUCAGAGUCAUCCUCUCGGUAAGUAAGUUCAUGUGUGGCUUCUUCUGUAAAGGAGCCUGCAAAUCAUACCUCUUCGCUAUUAUUAUCAACCAAAAUGAUCUUCCGUCAGUCAUUUGGUCAGCCAACCGAGACAAUUUAGUCAAAGAAGGCGCGAUACUUAAUUUAACUGCAGCUGGUCAAUUGGUGUUAAAGGAGGUCGAUGGAAGCCUUGUUUGGGCUACCAACACUGCAGGGAAAUCUACUUCUGGCAUGAACCUAACUGAAGAAGGAAAUCUGAUGUUGUUCAAUGGCCAUAGCUCGCCUGCUUGGCAGUCUUUUGAUCACCCAACAGACUGUUUGGUACUUGGGCAAAAACUACUUCAAGGACAGAAGCUCAUGCCUAGUGUUUCUCCAACCAAUUGGGCAGCUCAAAAAGACUUGUACUCUAUGGAAUUCACCAAAAAAGGUUUGUUUUUUUAUGUUGGAUCGGACCCGCCAAAAGAUUAUUACAGUAUCUUGGUUAAUGGCCUAACUGAAGAUGGUUAUCUUGAGCUCAGAAAUUUGAGUUUGUGUUCCGUCAUUUCUCCUUCUAAGUCAAAUAAUUGUAUGGAUGUGAUUGCUAUACCUCCAGCAUUCUCACCUAAGUAUAUAAAACUAAUGCCAGCUGGGUAUUUCAAAGCGUUUGGAAUGGAUACAUUAAGAGAUGGGAAAAUGAUCGAUCUACCGUUGGGUAAUCUUGAGUACUGUUCUUUUCCUUUGGCUUGUGGGAGAAACGGCAUUUGCUCAUCUGAGCAACAAUGUAGUUGUCCAAAAUCAAGCUCUCCCGGGACUGACUAUUUUAGAGCAGUGAAUUAUCGCCAACCCAACAUGGGUUGCUCUCAGGUUACUCCUAUCACAUGUAAUGCUACCAAAGAUCAAUAUUUCAUUGAAGUCAGGAACGUCAAGUACUCCAUAUUUACCUCAGACAUGAAAGAUGUGGAUAUCGCGACUUGCAAACAUGAGUGUCUAAACAGAUGCUCAUGCAAAGCAGCAGUAUUCAAGUAUGGUUCGAAUUCAAGUGGGGAUUGCUACUUGCCAUCCGAGCUUUAUACAAUCACGAGUCUUGAACUUGAUGACGAGGCACCUCCACAAAAUAUGUUGGUUUUUAUAAAAGUCCAGAAUGUCGGUUCAACUCAUUCAUCCAAAAAAAAGAAUAAUGUUGCAACAGUUGUUGGUUCCACAAUUGGAAGUCUUUUGCUUCUUAUUGUGGUCGUAUGUCUUACUAAAUUCGUAGUUAAAAAGAGAAACAUGAACAGUGAAAGUGAAGAAGCGUAUCCGGAUCAAGUUUUAGGAAUAUCCAUUCGGUUUACAUAUGAUGAUCUAGUAACAGCCACAGACAAUUUCAGCAGAAAACUGGGUCAAGGAGGUUUUGGAUCCGUUUUUGAAGGGACACUCACAGAUGGAUCAAAAGUUGCAGUAAAAUAUCUUCAAGGUACUAGGCAUGUUGAGGAAUCAUUCUUGGCCGAGGUUGAGUCUGUUGGCAGCAUACAUCAUGUUAAUCUAGUUCAACUCAGAGGAUUUUGUGUUCAUAGGUCAGAACGGCUUCUUGUGUAUGAACUCGUGAGCAAAGGAUCGUUAGACGAAUGGAUCUACAAUGAAAACCGGAAACUAGUACUUGAAUGGACUUGUAGAAAGAAAAUCAUUCUUGGGAUUGCAAAAGGCUUAACAUAUCUUCACGAAGAAUGCAGGCAACAGAUCAUCCAUUUCGACAUAAAACCCCAAAAUAUCCUGCUAGAUGAAGAUUUUAAUGCGAAAGUAUCGGAUUUUGGGUUAUCUACGCUUGUUGACAAAGAUCAAAGCCAAGGAUUGACUAGAAUGAGAGGAACCCCAGGCUAUAUGGCCCCAGAACCGUCCGGAUCAACUAUCACCGAAAAGGUGGAUGUCUAUAGCUUUGGGAUUGUUCUUUUGGAGAUGUUAUGUGCAAGGAAGAACUUUGAUAAAUCUCAGCCAGAGGACGAUUGGCAUUUACUGUCCGUCUUCCAGAGGUGUUGGGAACAGGGUACAUUGUUGGAUAUAGUUGACAAGUACAUUGAAGAUAUGCAGGAACAUGGCGCAGAAGUUGUGGACAUGAUGAAACUGGCUUCAUGGUGUCUACAGCUAGAUUCUACGAAAAGGCCUUCAAUGUCAUCGGUGGUUAGGGUGUUGGAGGGAGCAAUAACAGUUGAAUCGAACUUGGAUUACAACUUCUUACAUCCAAGACCGCAGGAUACAACCCCUGAGUAUGAACAAAGCUCGAGACCCUGUGAUUCUGUUCUAUCAGGGCCAAGGUAAGUGAUCAGAAUGAGAUUCUUAAUUGUGGAUCAUUUAUAUGGAUUCUUCUAAUGCUUCUGUAAUUUCUUUCAUCAAGGACAAUUAAACUGCUCGUUAUGUAGUUUCAUCCCAACC